AUGGUCUAUUGUUAUCGGUCAGAUGCAAUCAGUCUCGUCGAGCCGGACGUCAGCAGCAGCGCUUCACCGGUUCAUGAUUUAGUGCACGGCCGCUUCGCUCCCUUCAGCUCCCGUCCCCCAAAGUCGGCCGACCCUUUGACGAAUGGUGGUAUUGACGCCAAGAUUUGUGCUGUCGCUGAGGGACGCCCGUCGCCAGAGACUGCCAAUUCGCCCGGAAACGCGCAGAAGUCGGCCGACUCGGGGACAAUGGCCGAGGAGUUGUCGUCCCUGUUGCCGCCACCGGAGAGUGUGCCGGGCGGAAGGAAGCGACCGCACAAACCGGCCUGGGCCAGGACGAAUGUGAAGAGACGAAGUGAGACGCUUUCGAGCCAAAUGAUGGACGACUGGAGCAGAGAUGAGUCUGAAAAAGAGGCAAGGGCAGACGAUGAUGAUGCUGAGAGUGAGGCUGUGGAGUGGAAUGAGAAAAGGAGAGGAUGUGAGAGUGAAGAGGACGAGGAAGAGGAGAGGAGAGAGCCGAGCAGAGAGGCUGAAGAAGAGGAGGAAACCGGCGAUUGGCAGCUUCCGGUCCAACUGAAAGGCUACUUUCGAGAUGGGCUCCUGCCCGAUGCAGAGACGUGGCAACGAAGCGCCGAACGACGUUUGCUCGAACAACCAUUGUCCGCCCUGGCGACCCGACUGGAGGUGGGCGAUGCCGACGAGAUGGACGGCGAUCCGGACUCGGACGUCGACCCGGCGGGUGAGAUUGAUUUGGAGUUGAGUCCCAGCGAAACCAUCCACUUACGUCAGGCCAGACCUCGACGAUCACGUACCACCUUCACCACCUACCAACUGCAUACGCUGGAGUCUGCGUUCGCCGUCAAUCAUUAUCCC